AGCAGAAAGUAGAGGAUAUUAUUACAGUGAUCCCCUAAUUGGGCUCUCUGUUUCCAGGCUUCCUAUACCCAAAAUCUGUGCUCCUCCCCAUGAUGAGGGUGUUUUAAAGGCUUCAUCCAUGUCUCCCCCUGCCUGAGGCUCUACACGGACUCCAUGUCAACACAAGCCAGAGCUCAAGCUCCUCAGCCCGACACAAAAGGAUCUUCAUGCUCUGCCCCCAGGUCUGUCCUUCCUUCCAGACUGUGAGAUGUCUGAAGGAAGGAUUGUGAGUUACUCCUCUUUGUGGCCCAGUGUCUAGUACAGCACCAGAUAAAAGGACCUUGGGGAAACAGCCAGACGGAGGCACCUGUGGGUCAAGCUGUGAGGGGGAGUGGAGCAGGAUGAAGGCUGCAGAGGAGGAGGUUCCUGAUGCGCACUUCAGUGUGGACAAGCAGAACAUCUCCCUCUGGCCCAGAGGCAAGCGCCGGCCGCUGCUCGGAACCUUCUCAGUGGGCUGUACCCAUAUACCAGCUGUUGGCUGGUCCUUCAACAAAUGUGUGCUUCUUCUUCUUCCAGCAGAUCCUCCUUCCAAGACUGAUAAGCCUCUGCCUCUGAGGAAAUCCUCCACUAUUUGUGCUACAUUAAUCGUCCUGGCACUGGUCCUGGCCACGUCCAUCCUACUCCAGGCCGUUCUCUAUCCCUGGCUUUUGGGCACAAUAUCCAAUGUAAAGACCAAUGCCCAGUUGCUGAAAGACCGUGUGGACAACAUCAGCACCCUAGGGUCUGAAAUUAAGAGGAGUAGAGGUGGCGUGGAGGCGGCCAGCACCCAGCUCCAGGCAGUGAAUGUCAGCCUGGAGCACGUGCAUUCUCAGAUCCUGACGGUGGAAACGGGGCUGGAGAAAGCCAAUGCACAGAUCCAGACGCUAACAAGAAGUUGGGAGAAAGUCAAUGAUUUAUAUGCCCAAAUCCCAGAGUUAAAAAGAGAUUUGGAUAAAGCCAGUGUCUUAAAUACAAAGGUCCGGGGACUUCAGAGCAGUUUGGAAAAUUUCAGCAAGACGCUCAAUCGACAAAAUGACAUUCUACAGAUGGUUUCUCAAGGCUGGAGGUACUUUGAUGGGAAGUUCUAUUACUUUUCUCACAUCGCAAAGACCUGGUACAGUGCCCAGCAGUUCUGUGUGUCCAAAGAGUCACACCUGACCUCAGUGACCUCAGAGAGUGAACAGGAGUUUCUGUACAAGACAGUGAGUGGAAUUCCCCACUGGAUCGGACUAACCAAAGCAGGGAGUGAAGGGGACUGGUACUGGGUAGAUGACACUCCAUUUGACAAGGUCCAGAGUACAAGAUUCUGGAUUCCAGGUGAACCCAACAAUGUUGGGAGCAAUGAGCACUGUGCCAGUAUAAAGAUGAUCUCACUUCGGUCCUGGAAUGAUGAAUCCUGUGACAACAAGUUCUUUUUCAUCUGUAAGCGGCCCUAUAUCCCUUCAGAACUGUGAGAGCACUGGCCCCCAAGCUCACCCUCUGAGCUCCAGUGCUCCAAGGAAAUGUCCCUUUCCCCUUCAUACUCCAGGGUGACUUUGCACCUCAAUUUUUCUUGCUUCAGAAUUGUCUUAAAGGCUUUUGGAGUCCAUUUGCCUUGGCUGGAAAUUCUCUGACUCCACAGAGACAGCUGGAAUGGAAAGAACUUGGGUUAAAAUGGGAGGGAACGGUGGAGAGGCUUUAGGAGUUCAAACUGGCUUGCAAGGUGGGUCAGUACCAUAAUCUGGGCAACCUCCUGGGAUUUUCCAUUCCUUCAGAGGAGCCUCAGUUUCAUCACAUGAGAGUUGCUUCAGACAACCAAGAAAUUCUGAUACUGCUACUCAGGGUCUUUCCUGGUUGAGCCCCCAGAAUUCCCAGUUGCCUGCUUAGAAGCCCUGGCAGCUGGCCAGUUUUCAACGGGAAAAGCUUUGUUGUUGGGGACUCUGUCCAAACCAUGUCCCCAUCACCCUCUUCAUCUGUGUCCUUGAUGCCUGGAGCCCUUCUUCCCUGAUGGACUAAAAUGGUUCAGCUCAGGGGCUGAUGUGGCAUUCAGCCCCCUCUCCCUCCCACUCAUUCUGUCCUCCGCCCAAACCUCCCAACCCUCCCUUUGCCAGUCUGGGAAGCCCUUGCUCUUCCUCUUUCUUCUGCGUUUCCUCUCUUUCUAUGCCCUGUGCAGGGGAAGUGUCCUUCAGUACCCUAAGGACUUCACAUCAAAGCUUUUAUAGAAUAAAAUGUUGCCUGUGAAAAGACCCA